ACAGAACACACACUUACCAGCAGUUCCCACUCAAUACCAGUCAGUUAACUCACUGUACAAGACCUCUCCCCUUCAGUCUACUGCAGGGUGGGAGAUGCAACAAUGUCCUUGAGAACAGCAGGAAGUGUGUUGGUGGUCUUUCUCUGGUCUGUAGCAGUGGUACUGGGUCAGUAUGGCUGGAGUGUGACAUACACCACUCAGAGUAUCUGUACCUUGAAGGGGUCAUCAGUGGAUCUGUUCUGCUCUUACACAUAUCCCAGUGCUUAUACGGUCACAACAACCUUCUGGUUCACUAAAUGGGGGACCGGUGUACAACCUAAAGAUCUAGGUCAGGACCCAGAGUAUGCAGGUCGUCUGGAGUAUCAUGGGGAUAAGAAGAAAGACUGUACCCUGAGAAUCACAGACCUGAGAGACAGAGACUCAGCUGAGUACAAGUUCAGAUUUCUAACAGAUCAGACCAGAGGGAAAUAUUCUGGAAGUCCUGGAGUCACUCUGUCUGUAACAGGUCUGCAGGUGAAGGUGACUCCUGCUGCAGAGGGACAGAAGACACUGACCUGUAGCACCACCUGUACUCUGACUGACAACCCCACCUACAUCUGGUACAAGAAUGGACAGAAUGUACAAGGUGUCUCCUCCCCCAUGUACUCCAUCAGCAGUGAGGAUGCAGACAGCUACUUCUGUGCUGUAAAAGGCCGUCUCAGCUCUCCUGCAGUGUAUAAACCAAAGACCUCAGUGUCAGUCAGUCCCUCUGGUGAAAUAGUGGAGGGCAGUUCAGUGACUCUGACCUGCAGCAGUGAUGCCAACCCACCUGUCCAGAGUUACACCUGGUGGUACAAGAAGAAUGGAGGUGACUAUCAGAGUAUGACAGGACCACAGCAUGUCUUCAGUCACAUCCAGUCAUCUGACAGUGGAGAGUACUACUGUGAGUCCCAGAAUGAGAUGGGGACAGACAGGUCUGGGACCAUCAACAUGGAUGUGAAAUUGGAGGGCAGUUCAGUGACUCUGACCUGCAGCAGUGAUGCCAACCCACCUGUGGACAAAUACUGGUACAAACAGAAGAACGUAACCUCACCAAAAGCAUCAGGACAGAGUAAGCAUCAUGACUCAUCUCUGAGGACAGAGGAGAAUAUUACUGUGAGGCUGAGAAUAAAUAUGGACUCUUCUUCUGUGUUUGUGGACGUUCAGUAUGGCCCAAGGAACACCUCAGUGUCAGUCAGUCCCUCUGGUGAAAUAGUGGAGGGCAGUUCAGUGACUCUGACCUGCAGCAGUGAUGCCAACCCACCUGUGGACAAAUACACCUGGUACUUUCAAAAUGAGACUUUUCUAAAUGGAUGUGGACAGAUGUACAACAUCAGUAACUUCAAGUCAGUGGACAGUGGACAUUACCACUGUGAGGCCUGGAAUAGAAGAGGAUCUAGGAACUCUACAGCUCUGAUGAUCAUUUUACCAGUGAAACAGACCUCAGUCCUGACUGCAGCUGUAGGAAUCACAGAGGUUCUGGUUCUCAUCCUCUGUCUCUCUGGACUCAUGUGGUUCAGGGAGACUCUAGAAGUGCCUCUGUACUCCACCGUCCAGCUGUGUAAACCCCAGAAACAGGAUGUCCAGUACGAUGCUGUUGGAAAUGUCAACAGUGCUGCCACCAGACCCACGGCAGCACAAGCAGCUGAGGAGGACUUUUCUGAGACUAUAGUAGAGUCAACAAACCCAGAAGACCUGAACACAACAAACCCUGAACCAAGAAGACAUGAACUCACCAAACCCAGAACCAAGAGUACCUGA